AUGGACGGAGAUGUGGAGCUGCCGCAGCUGUCGGAUGGCUAUGAGGAGCUGGCGCACCCACCCCUGGUCCCGGAGGGCCGCUCGCUCUCGGGCUCGGGCGGUCUCUGGCGCGCGGGGGCGCGGUGUAUCUUCUUCGACCUCACCUACAUGCACGUGUGGUCCAAGUUCCUCGCCUUCCUGUGCUUCCUGAACGCCACGCUGUUGCUGGGCGAGGAGAGUUUCUACUCGCUGCUGUCUCAGCUGCCCUCCUCCUCCAGCUGCCUGCAGAACCACCGCGUGGGCUUCUGCGACCAAAGCGGGGAGAAUCGCUUCCAUGACUCUACACGGGUCGAGGUGGUGCUUAGCCCCGUGGAGAGCGAGAAGCUCCAGUUGGAGUCCCCAUCCGUGUGGACGCUGUGCUUGGUCCUGGUGGUGGCCUUCGCGAACUCCCGGUACGUGACCAAGCUCCACCAGGGCUGCAUCUUGCCUUUGACCCUGCUGGGUGCGGUCUUGUGCCUCACGCACACCGCCACCACCGUAAUGGAUCUCUCCUACUGCGGCAGUUCCUCAGCGCAGCACCCGGUGGAUUGGACCGCCCUCCACGCGCGCUGGGGCAACAGGUCGAUCACCCCCGGUGCCAAGCGCGUGGCAGAGUACUGCUGGGUGCCGCCGCUACAGGCGCCGGCGCCUCUGGGGGAAAGGCCGCCGCCACCGCGAGGGCCGGAAGAUGCGCACCAGGACUUGCACAUCAACAUGACUCUCUUCAUGCGAGACGCUGGGAUGGCAGAGAUGGAGCGGUCAGAGUUCGCGCUGAACUUUGCCAACCAGAGCCGGGUCACCAGCUACUGCUCUGAGGUGCUGCAGAUGCAUUCCAUGGCCCAGUGCCUGCGCUGGCUGAACUCAACGCAUUCGGGCAACCGCAUCGAGUGCGAGGACGGGCAGCUGCUGGCGAGUGCCGCUGCUCUGCCCGAACUGCAGAGCCAGAUGGCCGCAUUGACGGGCGCGGGCAGCGACCGCGAGCAGCUCCAGCAGCUGCUGUUGCUGGCGGACCGCUGGGCUUUGGAGCUGCUCUCGGCGCGGCGGUGCCAGGCCAAAGUCAGCGGUGCCAACUUCGGGCUGCGUCCGCCGAGCCUAGGCCCUGGGUCGCCGGGGGGCGCGUCGGCCGUGGCAAAGCAUUUGCUGGCGCUGGCGCGGAAGGAGGAGGCCUCCGAGCUCCGGAUCGUGAGCAGAGAAGGCAGGGAAGGCAGGCGUGGCGGGAAUCUUCCAGAGCUGGAGGAGGAGUAUCUGCAAGAGCACUUUGCAGGCUGCGUGGCCAAGAUCUUCGUGCGCUGCGCUGGGCGUGCCGCCUCGGCCACGCUCACAACCUUCCGGAGCGCUUGCCAGGCCACCUGCGCCAUGCUCAUGCUGCUGGGGUACAUGCGGAUGCUUGCCCUUCGCCUGGGCUUCUGCCGCUGGUGUGCUUCCCGCUCCUCCCGCUUCUACUGGGUCCAGGAGGCCUUGAACCUAUUGAGCAGCCGUGUGGGUGUAGGCCUGCUGAUGGCGACGCUGCUGCAAGUGGGCUUCACGGUGCUGGUGAACGAGGUGGCAGUCACCUGGAUCGCGGAGGGCAACGGCCUGAGUGCGGCGGAGUCUCUGAAGCUCUACCCCUUGAGCCUGGUGGACGUUUUGCUGGUGCUGGCCAUCCGUUUGCAGCUGCUGGUCUUCCUCGUGGCAGUGUGCUACAACUCCUUGCUGCACGUGAAGCUGCGGCGCCAGAUCUUAGCGCUGCCCCGGCAGGUGCUCUUCGGCCGGCGCGCGGAGGUGCCGGACAGCUACCGAGGGCCGGAUCUCACCGACUUGAAGCGCAUGGGCAGUAGCACCCUGGUCUACGCCAUGUACUUCCCCGGCAUCGUGUUCUGGCACUUCUUUUACGCCUCCUGGAUCCUGGUGCUGAUGUUCUGCUUUGCCCUGGGCUGUGUGGUCCUGGUGAGCCAGCCGGCGGAGCUGCGCAGCAGCCACGCAGAGAAGGUGUGGCCGGUGCUCACCUACAGCUCCUUCCUGGGCUCCGUGCUCCUGGAAGGGGUCUUGGCGGCUUGA